GAUCAAAAUGUGAGUUGAUUUAUUUAAAUGGCCGUUUAAUAGAAACAGGAAGUUCCUGCUGUGUUUCCAGGCGGCGGCACACAGAAGCAUGUGACUGUGUGUGUAUUGAGCUGCUGUAAUCAUAAAGUCUUAUGAACCAAAAGGUCUGCAAAUUCCUUACUACACUAUAACUACUGCUUACGUGGCAAAAACCCAUAAAGUGGCUUACUGUUUUUAAUGAGCUAGCAAGACAAUCCCACAGUUUGGGAAAGGAUCAGAACUCGGAUCUAGAGGCUCUGGUGCAUAUUCUAUUUGUUCCAGCUCUAACUUGAAGUAAGUCAAUUAUUAAAGUCAGCCAGUAUUUCUUGAUAUAAUUCCGUGUGGCUAUGCAUGAAUUUGCUUUUUUGUGUUUUACAAGUUGCUUCCACAGAAAACCGUCGGAUGGCUGACCCAUUUGUUCCAGUGCAUUUUGCUGUGAACUGGUUCACAGUGAACAGGUCCCAUUUCAAGAGAGGGGCUUCUCUACACAUUAACUCAUCAACAAACAGUGAGGCUUUUAUUCCAAGGUGUUGUCCUUUGGGGAAAGGGGAUGGACCUUACAGAGCACCAGAUAGGCAAACCAACUGCAAUGAGACUGGUAACAGAGCCAGAGGAAACUUCCUGGAUGGGUCUGCCAACACUGGAGACAGUUGGGAAGAGAGAUCCAUUACUGCAACUCUACUUGGUUAUGAGAUUCUGAAGGAGAGGGCAAAGUUCACGGUUUAUAAGAUCCUUGUCCAGAGGCCCAAAGGAGGCAGUUGGCUGAUCUUCAGAAGAUACACAGACUUCUGCAUACUCAGCGACAAGCUUAAAGAGCUGUUCCCCAGUUUUCUUCCAUCACUGCCGUCAAAACGCCGUUUCAAAGAUAACUAUGACGAUGGGUUUCUUAGGAGGAGGCAGUGUGGACUGCAGACCUUCCUGGAGGACUUGAUGUUGCAUAAAGAUGUCAGGUCGAGUGAACCUGUGAGACACUUUCUGUCUGUGGUUGACCUACAGAGCCCAUUUUACAGUAUGGAAGAAAGUAGGGUAUUUUGUGAAACUCUGGAGCAGAAGAAUCAUCGUCUCCUGAGAGAACUCUUGGACAAACAGAGAGAAGUUGACUCCUUGAAGAAGGCUUUGGAAGAUAAAGAGAACUACAUUAACCUGCUGUUGAAGAAAGGCAGGGCUUUGAAAGACUUGAAAUUCCAGCAGGACCAGCACGCACUGAAUGAAAGAGACGGAUGUGAAUGGAUUGAAGGAUGGCAGGAAAAAAUCACAUCAAAACGCUAACUGAACUAG